UAGGGCUUACUAUUGCUAAGUUGAAGAGACAUGAAAACUUCGGGUUGUGGCAGGUUGACUCAAAAGUGGAGCUGCAGUUUCCUUCGCCAGUGUUCCGGCCAGCUUCAAUGGUGCAGCUGGGUGCAGCUGCUCAACAAGGACAACGAGCAUUUGUUUAGCUCUUCCCUACAUCCAGGCGCAUGAAAAGAAGUUUGAAGCCACAGAACAGAAGGAACCUUUGCUUUGAGUCAUUUCUGGAGCACGACAACACAGAGCGGUUGUCCUCAAGUUUGCCUCGCAGCGGUCAUCAUCUUUUGGCUGAGACAAAGGAUUGGGCUGGAUCGGUCCAAAACACAGCAUUAGGGUUUCUUGUUGAAGAAGCUCUUGUGCCCCCGCUUAUGGGGCGAUAAGGUGCAAGAUCUGGGGGUAGCUUAUGGCAGCGGCUGCAGCGAGGGCCGGUGUCGACGUGGUCAAAACCGCAGCUCGGCAGGCCAUAAGACAGCGGAAGCAGGUGCUUGAGUUGACAGAGUCCGCAGCUGAUAGGGUGCGGCAGCUGUUGCAAAAGAGGGGGAAGGAGUAUUUGAAAGUUGGGGUGAGGACGAGGGGGUGUAACGGCCUUAGUUACACGCUUAAUUAUGCGGACGAGGCGAAAAAGUUCGACGAGGUCGUCGAAGAUAAGGGGGUGAAGGUUAUCGUCGACCCGCGAGCGCUUAUGACGAUCAUCGGGACGAAGAUGGACUUUGUGGAAGACCGGUUAAAAUCCGAAUUUGUCUUUAUCAAUCCCAACUCGAAAGGCCAGUGCGGUUGCGGGGAGUCGUUCAACGUUUAGGGAAAAGCAUCGUAUCUGGACGGUCCGGUCAUUUUCUGUAUCAUAAAAGCCCCAAGUCCGAAACGAAACACACUCUUUUCACCGGAAGAGCAAGCACACUGCCGGCAAAGGCCUUUGUCUGCGACAUAUAGCUGCUGGCAAGUCUAAUCAUGAGUAGGGACAGUAUUGCCAGGACAUUCUUAUUGUUCCGUCCGAAAGGUCGAGUUCAAGCAAGCUUUCGGGUCCAGAACGGGUUGUGGCUCAUUGCAUUCCUGUUAAAUGCAUGUUGAUAAUUGCGAUUUCUAAGUUGUGCAGCAAAUCCAUGAUCGUGUAAGACGAGUUAAUUGAGACUUAAUUAAAUGAGUA